CCGAUCUGUGAGUCGUCACAAGAACCUGACUAUAACUCCAACUUCCAGUUCAUGUUAACCGAUGCAAACACAUAUGCUAGCCACAGGUGCCUCUUCCGCUCUCCUCCUACUGCUGCUCAUCGUUGCCACCACCGAGGCCACCAUACUAAACAUCACCAACCGAUGCUCCUACACCGUGUGGCCAGCCACUUUGCCCGUGGGCGGGGGCGCAAGGUCACUCGAGUCCGGGCAGGUGUGGACACUGGAUGUGCCCGCCGGCAUAACCGGGUGCCUCUGGGCGCGCACGGGAUGCUGGUUUAGCAGCAACGGCAAAGGGUCAUGUAAAACGGGCGACUGCGGGGGUGAUUUUGCCUGCAAUAGCUCAGGUAAGCCACCCUACACUGUUGUCGAGAUCAGAACUAGCAGCCCACAAAACUUGUUCGACAUCUCUCUUGUCGACGGCUUCAAUGUACCCAUAGAAAUCCUGCCGGUGCCGGUGCCGGUGCAAGGAGAGAAAGAGUGCAGCAAGGGACUGCGGUGCGCGGCCAACAUCACGUCGCAGUGCCCAGAGGAGAUGAAGGUGCCCGGGGGUUGCAACAACACAUGCACCACCGGAACUGGCUCCAGCAACUGCACCUACUCAGGCUUCUUUAAGCGGAUGUGCCCAGACGCGUACAGCCGCCUCUCAGAUGAUUCUGCUACGCAUUCUUGCCCAGCGGGCACCAAGUAUCAGGUCAUCUUCUGUCCCCCAAUGAACCUAACGAUUUCGCCUGCAGCUGCUCGUCCUGGUCAAAGGACCAGAGUCAGACCGACAAUUGUUGCUAUUGCCAUUGGAGCUAGUGUAGGCAGCGUUAUAUUGGUGGCCGUGCUGUUCACAAUCACUUCCUAUAUACGUACACGAAGAGCACAAUGGAAGCACCAGCUGAUGGAGGAAGAGCAUGAGUUUGGUGGGGAGCUACAAGGAACACCCAUGAGGUUCACGUUUCAACAGCUAAAGGUAGCAACUGAGCAGUUCACUGAUAAGAUUGGGGAAGGAGGAUUUGGGUCUGUUUUCAAGGGACAAUUUGGGGAGGGCAGUAUUGCAGUAAAACGUUUGGAUCGAGCUGGCCAGGGAAAACGAGAAUUUUCAGCAGAGGUUCAGACAAUCGGCAGCAUCCAUCACAUCAAUCUGGUGAGAUUGAUUGGUUUCUGUGCAGAAAAAUCUCAUAGGCUCUUGGUAUACGAGUAUAUGCCGAGAGGAUCCUUGGACAGGUGGAUCUACCGUCGACAUGACAAUAAUGCUCCUCCUCUGGGUUGGAGCACACGAUGCAAGAUCAUUACACAAAUAGCUAAGGGCCUCUCUUAUCUUCAUGAGGAAUGCACAAAAAUAAUUGCUCAUUUGGAUGUCAAACCACAAAAUAUCCUAUUAGAUGACAACUACAAUGCAAAACUUUCUGAUUUUGGACUGUGCAAGCUCAUCGAUAGGGAUAUAAGCCAAGUGGUUACUAGAAUGAGAGGCACACCUGGAUAUUUAGCUCCUGAAUGGUUGACUUCACAGAUCACCGAGAAGGCCGAUAUCUACAGGUUUGGUGUUGUGGUCAUGGAAGUCAUCAGCGGAAGAAAGAACAUCGACACCUCCCGGUCAGAAGAGAGCAUCCAUCUCAUUACCCUACUGGAAGAAAAGGUGAAGUACGAUAGCUUGGUAGAUUUGAUUGACAAGAACGGUAACGACAUGCAAGCACACAAGCAUGAUGUAAUUCAGAUGAUGAAACUCGUGAUGUGGUGCUUGCAGAUUGAUUGCAAAAGAAGACCUAUGAUGUCCGAGGUAGUCAAGGUCUUGGAAGGCACCAUGAAUGUAGAAAGCAAUAUUGAUCAUAACUUUGUUGCAACAAAUCAAGCGACUUUUGGCAUUGCCGGAAAUGUGACAUCCUCAGUUCCACCGCUAGCUUCACAUGUAUCAGGGCCCAGGUGAAUGGGACACUCCUGCAAUAUAGAUAGUUAGAUGAUGAUCAAGCAAUUUUCCUAUGUAAAGGAAAAGUCAUGAUCAGUCGUAUUUUGUCAAAUUACAAUAAUCGAAAACC